AUUGGUUAUGAUCAAACGACUUUUACCUACUUUGAAGAGAUUUCGUGGAUCAAUUGUAAUACAUUAAAUAUGGUCAUUGGUAUUUUUAUGAAUUAGCAUUAGCUAAAACAUUGCUUCGUUGCAGAUUUGAGUAGAUGAUAAUCAUGACAGUGUACCAAGCGGUAUUGCUUGCUGCAGUCCUGGCUGUGACCAGCUGUCAGUCUCCACCGGUAGUCAACACUCCUUCAGGUCCUAUCAAGGGCAUAGUUGUUCCGGCACUCGAAAAAGAUGUCCUGCAGUUCCGGAACAUUCCAUACGCUAAACCUCCCAUUGGUAACCUCCGAUUUGAGAAGACGGUUCCUAUUGAACCGUGGACUGAAACUUUAGACGGAACAGCUUUCGGACCAUCAUGCCUUCAAGACAUCAACGUUUUACCGGAGCUUUGGGAAAAUGCAGACAACAACAUUACUUCAGAAGAUUGUCUGCAACUUAACGUUUAUGUACCUGGAGCUGUAUCGACAACGUCAAAAAAGCCCGUCAUGUUCUGGAUUCAUGGUGGAGGUUUUCAGGUAGGAAACGGUUGGUCACUUGAUCCAUCAUUCCUGGUACUCAAAGAUGUAAUUGUGGUAACUAUUAAUUAUCGACUAGGGGUAUUCGGGUUCUUAAGCACAGGGGAUGUAACCUUACCAGGUAACUAUGGAAUAUGGGACAUGAUCGAAGCAUUAAAGUGGGUCAAUAAAAACAUUGCAUCAUUUGGAGGAGAUCCUGAAUCGGUGACCAUUUUCGGAGAAUCGGCAGGAGGCUUCGCGGUAUCGUAUUUAUCAGUUAUUCCAAGUAACGAGGGUUUAUUUCGGCGAAUUAUUCCCCAGAGCGGAUCUGGAAUGGGCGAAUUUUGGGAUGUAACGAACGCACUUGCAAGUUUACUAAGAGAAUUGGUACACAUAUUGGCUGCAUCACUGAGAACGACUCGACAGUUGACAAGAGCGCUCUUAUAUUUCCCUUGGUCUAGAGGUGCCGGACAUGGAGUGGAAUUGUUAUACAUGUGCGGUCCAAGAUCCUUAAACGAACUCGACGAAUCAUUAUCCAGUCCAGAAGGACGAAAGAUGACUGAAAUUCUUGUGAAUUACUGGACCAACUUUGCUAAAACAGGAAAUCCCAAUGGCGAUAACCUCGUUGAAUGGAAGAAGUUUGGUCCUGAUGGACGCCACUUCAUGAAUUUAAAUAUGGAACCAUUUUUGGAUCAGGAUCUUUUCCCAAAGCGUAUGAAGUUGCUUCUUGAGGAUAUUCCAAAUAAACUCAAGAAAAAUGGUCCUAUCAAGGGCAUAGUCGUUCCGGCACUCGCAAAGGAUGUCGUGCAGUUCCGGAACAUUCCAUACGCUAAACCUCCCAUCGGUAAACUCCGAUUUGAGAAGACGGUUCCUAUUGAACCGUGGACUGAAACUUUAGACGGAACAGCUUUCGGACCAUCAUGCCUUCAAGACAUCAACUUUUUUCCGGAGCUUUGGGAAAAGGCAGACAACAACAUUACUUCAGAAGAUUGUCUGCAACUUAACGUUUAUGUACCUGGAGCUGUAUCGACAACGUCAAAAAAGCCCGUCAUGUUCUGGAUUCAUGGUGGAGGUUUUCAGAUAGGAAACGGUUGGUCACUUGAUCCAUCAUUCCUGGUACUCAAAGAUGUAAUUGUGGUAACUAUUAAUUAUCGACUAGGGGUAUUCGGGUUCUUAAGCACAGGGGAUGUAACCUUACCAGGUAACUAUGGAAUAUGGGACAUGAUCGAAGCAUUGAAGUGGGUCAAUAAAAACAUUGCAUCAUUUGGAGGAGAUCCUGAAUCGGUAACCAUUUUCGGACAAUCGGCAGGAGGUUUUGCGGUAUCGUAUUUAUCAGUUAUUCCAAGUAAUGAGGGUUUAUUUCGGCGAAUUAUCCCCCAGAGCGGAUCUGGAAUGGGCGAAUUUUGGGAUGUAAGGAACGCAUUGCAAUUUACUAAGAGAAUUGGUACACAUAUUGGCUGCAUCACUGAGAACGACUCGACAGUUGACAAGAGCGCUCUUAUAGUUUGUCUGAAGGAAAAACCUGCUGACGAUUUAUUCAAAGCCCAGAACGAUCCUGCUACCGCAGACUUAGGUGAAAUACCAAUAUCACCAGUGUUAUGGCCAAAUGUGGACGGAGAAUUGUUCGUCAAGCGUCCUUCCGAUAGCUUACAGGAUUUGACGUCUAAAGAAUCUAUUUUCUUUCGGUCACUUGAUGUAAUGGCAGGAACAACAGACAACGAAGCAUCACUUUUUCCAUUCAUUAUUAUGAAAUUACAAGAGUCAAGGAACUUUAAUUUUUCUGAUGGUAUACCAACUUCUGUAUUAUGUGAUGACAUAGCGCCUGCCAUCGCCCAAGAAGCAUUUAAGGGUGACAUUUUCGCGUCGGAAUUACUUUGUAAAGCAUAUACUGAGGAGAACCUCGAUGAACAAUCAAGAAGCGCGGCUAAUUUGUGGGGGGAUAUCGCUUUUGUUGCCCCAACCGUGCAGCUACUCGAUUUCCAUUCUCGAGGAAGGGCCAAUUCGAACACAUACCAGUACCUUUUUACACAGGCAAUUUCGUUUCACUUUCUAGUUCCUAGUUUCCCUUGGUCUAGAGGUGCCGGACAUGGAGUGGAAUUGUUAUACAUGUGCGGUCCAAGAUCCUUAAAUGAACUCGACGAAUCAUUAUCCAGUCCAGAAGGACGAAAGAUGACUGAAAUUCUUGUGAAUUACUGGACCAACUUUGCUAAAACAGGAAAUCCCAAUGGCGAUAACCUUGUUGAAUGGAAGAACUUUGGUCCUGAUGGACGCCACUUCAUGAAUUUAAAUAUGGAACCAUUUUUGGAUCAGGAUCUUUUCCCAAAGCGUAUGAAGUUGCUUCUUGAGGAUAUUCCAAAUAAACUCAAGAAAAAUGUUAAAACGGAACUGUAGGUCAUGACUUCGGUGUCAGAUAAUGCAGUGCAAAUUCUGAAGCAAUUGUUAGUGCGUCAUAUGAAAGACUGUAUCAUCGAGGAUGCAUCGUGGAAAGGAAUGUGUCUAAUACCUUCUUCAACAUUUCACAUGUAUAUAAUCGUUUGAGUUUUCCAUACAUUUUACCUAGGGGACACCUAAUUCAUACGGAUUCUUAUUCUGAUAACGUCACGACUCACUUCAUGAUGACGCAAUCACUUUAUAAAUUUACUAAGUAUAAUCAUAUCAGAAUUGGAUAAUGCCAUCACCUUUGUCGCGAAUUGAUAAUGGUUCGAUGACUUCGAUUCACUUUACAUGUAUUUUAAUA